AGUUCUGACGUCUGCCAUUCGAAGCCCCACUUUUCAGAGCAACAGCAAGUUGAAUUGAAUUUUCCGUUUUCUGUGACUAAAGCAACUCAGCUUUUCCAUGUCCUUUGAAGUGCGCAUCAAGUGCCGCGAGAUGCUGGCGGCCGCCCUGCAAGCGGGCGACUUGCCGCAAGGAUGCGGCGAUCCGGAGGACAUGGCCGCCCAGCUGGAGGAGGCCAUUUACGUGGAGCUGAAGAGCUGCCAGGUCAAGUACAAGAAUCGCAUCCGUUCGCGGCUGGCCAACUUGCGCGAUCCGAAGAAUCCGGGACUGCGCGAGAAGUUCCUGCUGGGACUGAUUGGCGUGGAGAAGCUGGCGCGGAUGACGCCGGAGGAGAUGGCCAGCGACGAUCUGAAGCAGAUGCGCCAGAAGUUCGUCCAGGACUCGAUCAACGAGGCGCAGAUGGCCAAGUUCCAGGGCACCAAGACGGACCUGUUCAAGUGCGAUCGCUGCCACAAGCGCAACUGCAUCCAGCUGCACACCCGCGACGGCGACGAGCCCAUGGUCACCUUCGUCAUGUGCGACGAGUGCGGCAACCGCUGGAAGAACUAGUCAUCGCUCCCCGGAAGGAUCACUCCGCAGGAUGCCAGCUGUAACAUAACUACAACACUGAUCUUCCACUUCCACUGAUUUCCAUACAAUACAUUUGCAUAAACGAAAGCUGCCUAGGUACCCAAAUGCCAGAGGGUAUCAAUGAGUCCAUCAAGUGAGCAGCACAUCACAGAGAUGCUCCUUUGUUCGCCAGCAAGAAAGCAAAUCGCUGUUUUAUAAACAUUCAACAAUAUACGUACUAUAUG